AUGUCCGGACGUCAAGGUGGUAAAUUAAAACCAUUAAAAAAUCCAAAAAAAGAUACAAAAGAAGUAGAUGAUGAUGAAAAAGCAUUUAAGGAAAAACAACGUGAAGAACAAAAAAAACUUGAUGGUAAAUUUUGCAUAUGCUUAUAUGUUCUCGGUGGCAAACAAGUCUAUGAAUUUAUUCGUUUAAAUCUUUAUGGUUCUAUUCCUAAUUUGACAACACUAGGCGAAUUAAUUAAAAAAUCAGAUACUGCUUUUAGUGAAGCAGAAUUUUACUUUGGAUCUCUUCGGCAAUGUCAUUCCCAGUUUGGUUUUUGUUCUGAAAACACCACAGGGAUCAUUCGUAAAGUUGAAUAUGACUCUAAAACAAAUUCCUUUGCCGGACUUGCAACACCAAUUGAUCAUAGUGUUCCAUUACCAAAAUUCUAUCAAGCUAAUACAUUUAAUGAUUUAAAAACAAUUUAUGAUACAAAUGAAAUAGCACCAUUGUUGAAAGUGCAUAUGUUUCAAAGUAUACGGUGA